AUGUUUGAGAAAAUUCCAAUAGAAGUAUUAGCCGAGAUAUUUUCGGAGACAACACCAAAAGAUUUAUAUUGUUUAACGUUAGUAUGUAAAAGAGUUCGAAUUAUUUUGUGGUCAUCAUCAGAGUUGGCACAAAGUAUUUGGCGAAGGUCAAGACUAAAGCAUAUCACACAUUCGACAUUACAACCACCAAAAGAUAUGACAGAACAAGAGUAUAUUUGGUUGAUGGUGGUAGCAAAAAAGUGUCAAUUUUGUAAUGAAACUGAUAAAUUCAAAUUGUCAUUAUAUUGGGAGUUUCGUAUCUAUUGUUGUAGAAAGUGUUUAAAUCAGAGAGUUGUCAGUGGAAAAGAGUUACAAAUGGAGUGGAAAUUGUCUAAAUCACUAUUAAAAUGCUUACAGUCUCAUCAGAAAUCGUAUGACACAAAUACAUGGCAACCCAAUAUUUUUUUGAUCGCUCAUGUCAACAAUCUAAUAAAAGAGUACACUCGGCUGUCCGCCACCGCCACCAUCACCAACUCGGACGCCGAGAGAAAAAACUGGAUAAAAAAUAAGCAAAUGGAGAUCCGAAGGUUACAAAUUGAGAAUAUUAAAUAUAAAGAAUUGUUUGAUGAGUGUAGAUAUAGUUAUAUUGAACGAGCUCAGAGAAAACUUGCAAUUUUAUAUCAUAACAGAAAAGUUAAUGGGUGA